AUGUCUGAAGAAGGUACGUUCGCACAUGAGGAAAGUCUACCCAGGCUUCCCUUGCCGGAUCUAGAGUCCUCCUUUGAGCAGUUGAAAGCCAGUUUGGAACCACUUUACUAUGCUGACGGGUACUACCAGCACCCACUGGACCCCGAGCAGAUCGAGUCUCUGUCCUCGAGUCUGACCAGAUUCGCCACGUCGGAUGCUGCCAGGAAGUUGCAAGCCAAGUUGAAAGAGUUUGAAGAGAAGAACAGUUGCUACCUAGACAAAUUACAUCUCGAUAUUAAUAACCAGACGAGUGCGAAAGAGAUCGCAGAUGAUGUGCUGCCAAGGAACCCAUUCUUGAUUCUCGCUGAUGACGCAGUGCCGGACAUAUCACAAGCUGAGAGAUCCGCUGUGCUAGUACACUCCGCACUGCGGUUUAUUUCCGCUCUAAAGAACAACAAGCUGCCUCCUGAUGUCAACACGAAGAACGGAAAGUACUUGUCUAUGGAACCUUACUUGAAUCUGUUCGGUACUACAAGAUGCCCCAUCUUUGAAGAAGGUGAAGUGGAAAAUUUCGAUCUGGACAAACCUUACACUGCGUCUGACCUCGAUGGCUCUGACGAAAGCUCAGAUGAGUUCGACGAUGACUAUGAAUUCGAAGCUGGUGAAGGAACAAAUGAUUUUGGUGAUAACAAUAGAAGAAGAAACUCUUUCAUUGGUGCCGGGGAUGAUGAUGACGGGCUAGAGCCUAAGAAAUUGAUCGAGGAAGCUAACAAAGAAGUUGAAGAAGAAGAACAAAAAGCCGAACAUCAACGCCGCCCCACAACUGCAUCCACUACAACAACUAUUAACAGUACACAAUCUGCCGGUGACAAAGAAGAAGAAGACGAAAGACUGGGCCAAGAAGUGUUCAAACGCCAUGGUAUCACAGUUAAACGCCACCAUGAUUCAAAACAUAUUCUGGUAAUAUCUAAGGGCCAGUAUUAUACUGUCGAUGUCCUCGACGAAGAAAAUAAAAUUCUAUACAAUGCAACUGCAUUGACAUCCAUUUUUCACCACAUACUAGAUGAUGCUGAGAAAUCAUACUCAUUUAGGAAAUCUACGGCAUUGGGUAGUUUGACUUCGCACUCUUUCAAAAAUUGGAAAUACGCCAGAAAGAGACUACAGAAGAGAUAUCCAAACGAAUUACAUUUGAUUGAUUCAGCAUUAUUUGUUCUGGUAUUGGAUGAAUCAGCUGGUAACACUGCAGAUGUUGCCGCAGAUGAAGCAGAGCUGAAACCAGGCUCCAUCCAAGCCACUUCCAACACUUGUAAAAGGUUGUUCUACGGAACUAGUAUUAUUGAUAAUGGUGGUCAUCAAAUCGGUUCCUGUGUCUCUAGAUGGUAUGACAAAUUGCAAUUAGUGGUCACCGCUGAUGUCAAAGCUGCAGUCAUUUGGGACUCUUUCACAUGUGAUGGUUCUGUGGUGCUUAGGUUUACUUCUGAAGCAUACACUGAAUCUAUUUUAAGAUUAGCUAGAGCUGUUAACGCUGGUGAUCCUAGGUUCUCAUUGUGGCCAUCUGUAGUAGAUUCUGUAUGCGACAAAGAAAUUGCAAAGACAGCUGGUGAUAUUAAGUCUGGUGAAAUAAGUCCUGACUUGCUUGUUAACAAAAUUGAUUGGUCCUUCAGUAAUAUUCUAAACACACAUGUGCAUUUGUCUGAGACGAAGCUAGCUGAUUUGAUUUCAAAACACAAUAUUGUAAGAUCUUCUGUUCCCUUAGGAAGGAGAUCUGCUCAAAAAUUGGGUAUUAACCCUGACUCCAUGAUCCAAGUGGCUUUACAAGUGGCCUUCUAUUCACUAUACGGUAAAAUGGUAUAUGGAUUCGAGCCUAUUUCCACAAGAUGUUUCAAGAACUCUAGGUCCUCGUUCAUUAAUAUCCAGAACAAAGAACUACUUGAGCUUUGCCAAUUGUUCAUAUCUACUUCAAUGGACGGUCUAGGUAAAUUGGAUAAAUUCAUACAAAGUUGUCAGAAACAUACAGAAACUGUCAGAUUGACCAAACAAGGCAAAGGGUUUGAGAAACAUUUUAAUGCAUUGAAGUACUUGUACAAAUUCCAUGAUCUUUAUGGCAUCGAGUUAAGUGAAGAAGAUAAACAGAUGGCUGCAUCUGUUUUUGAAAGCGAAGCCAUAGCACCAUUCUCUGCUCCAGAAUUAAUCAUUGCUAACUGUGGUAACUCUGCUACGACAACCUUCGGUAUCACUCCUGCGGUACCACACGGGUUUGGUAUCGGUUACAUUAUCAAGGAUGAUCAGUGCGAUUUGACAGUAACUUCCCAAUUUAGACAAGGUAGCAGAUUACUGUUCAUGCUAAACUGGGUUCUGAAUGAGAUAAGAAGUUUCUGGAGAAUGGCUCGUGCCACUUCUCAAACAAAGAGUGGUGUUAAAAUUAGUCCUAUGGUGGAUAGGCUGUAUGAGAUGGACAAUGCUUUGAAUUCAAAGAAUCGUACGUCUUCCAACCUGAACAUGAACACUGCAUACGGCUUAUUUGACUUGGAUGCUCAUGUUGACAGCAGAAGCGUUUCAAAAUCUCCAUCGCUAAAGAACUUACCUGCGAAGUUUGCUGAGAUGACACCUUUCAACCCAUUGGUGACAGCGCAUUCCAGUCUAGCGCUUUCAGUUCCUACUGAGAAGGAAAAGCACGAUACAGGUCACCAGAUUUUGCAGUUUCAACCAAAGAUCAUUGGUGAUGAAGGCGACGAUGACGACAUAGCUCUUCCAAGUGUGGAAGACAUGAACUUAUCAGCAGCAGAUGCUGCCAAGAGACGUAAUGUUAUCGACUCCAAAUUUGAAAUUGAUUUUGACAGGUCCCGUGUUGGACGUAAGAUUGUUACAUUUGACUAG